CUUUUUAAUCUACACUAUAUUGCCAAAAGUAUUGGGACACCCCUCCAAAUCAUUGGAUUCAGAUGUUCUAAUCACUUCCAUGGCCACAGGAUGUAUAAAAUAAAGCACCUAGGCAUGCAGACUGCUUCUACAAACAUUUGUGAAAGAAUGGGUCGCUCUCAGGAGCUUAGUGAAUUCAAGCGUGGUACCGUGAUAGGUUACCACCUGUGCAAUAAAUCCAUCUGCAAAAUCUCCUUGCUACUAAAUAUUCCACGGUCAACUGUCAGUAGUAUUAUAACAAAGUGGAAGCAACUGGGAACAACAGCAACACAAAGCAGUAGGCCACAUAAAAUGACAGAACGGGGUCAGCGCAUGCUGAAGUACACAUUGUGCAGAGGUUGCCAAAUGUCUGCAGAGUCAGUAUAGCUAAAGACCUCUAAACUUCAUGUGGCCUCCAGAUUAGCACAAAAACAGUACAUAGAGAUCUUCAUGGAAUGGGUUUCCAUGGCCAAGUAGCUGCAUCCAA